GUCGGAGCCUAUUUUGCAAUAAAUGCAGCUGAUGGAGAAGUAUUCUAUGUCCGGCCUGCCCUGCUUGCUCUUACAUUCUCUGUUGUGGACCUUCUCUUCAUCAUAAUAUUCCUUCCGGAGACGCUUCCAAAGAAGAAAAGGGUCUCCUCUGUGAUAAUGGGGUGCCGAGAGGCUCUAGAUCUGAUCAGCCCUGUGUCUCUGUUCCAGUUUUCAGCAAUAACAAGAAGAGAAGAUUUUUCAUCUACUAGAAAUGUGCAGAACCUCCAAAUGUUGGGUCUGGUCUACUUCCUGUAUCUCUUCUUCUUCUCCGGUCUGGAGUACACCAGCAGCUUCCUCACUCACCAGCGGUUCCAGUUCAAC